CGCAGCUGCCGAUCAUCCGCCACACACUUCAUUGUCCUUCAUUAUUCCAUCGCUGCGCACGCCCUGUGCCAAUUUCGCUAUUCCGCUCAGCCUCCUGUCGACCUUGGGCACUGAGCAGGGUCGAGGGCGACAGAGCGCGAGAGGAGAAAUGCCAUGGAGCCUGUCAGUCAGUGACUGCUCAUGGACAGGAUAACGUUGUUCGAAGGGGCCCGCUUGUACGCUCUUUGACCUGCUUCCACACUUUCGUCUUCCGCGGCAGUAACUCGGGAGACUCUCUCCACACAAUCUGCCAACAUCCUUAGCCGACGCUGAUGUUAUGGGUGCUAACGCAAGGAACAUCUUGCGAUAACAUACAAGGCUGGACGUGAACACGUUGCAUGUUCGAAUGCUUGGUAGAAUGUCGGGGACUGACGGGUCCUUCUGAUGCAUACACUCUCAGCGAGCCUCAUGUACCGCAUUCACUUUGUUCCUUCCCAGAAACAUAUGCAAUUGGGUCGAUUUCCGACUAGUGGCUGAUGCCCUGACCAUUAGCAGGCCUCGUGUUGAUGCGCUCAGGCUAUUCUCGGAAGUUGGAGCAUCUCUUGGCUCUCAAUCGAGGGUGGGUAAGGCCGUCAGCGCCGAGCUCCUGACGGACCUGGGCUCCCAUGUCUCCCUUCUUCUUAUCCGACGUGUAAAGAAAAGAUGAUCAAAAGUCUUUCUCGAGGUGUACACCGAAAUCGAUGCGAAUGCCGGGAAAGAGAUUAUGAAGCAGCAGCCGGGGACCGGAAUAUAUAGAAGCGCCGAGUCCUCGCUUGGGAUCCUUGUUUCGUUUGUCCAUAUAAUCCCCCCAUCCUCUGUACUAUAAUUUCUUCACCGCCCUGGUCGCGCCAAGAUGCUGCUCUCUUCGAUAGUUAGUGCUGUCAAGACCGCGUAUCUUUUCAAUAAGGCCGACAUCAUCUCGACUAUUGGCCCUGUCGUUGUUGUCGGGUGUGUGCUCAUCGGGCUGCCGGACCUGAAGACGUUCUUCUGCGGUCUGUUAUGGCAGGAGCUUCACCUGAUCGCAUUCGAGGUGAGGGCACUCCGGUUUCUGCUCGCGCCAAUGUCUGAUCUGUCGCCGUAGAUUCAGAACCAGAUCAUUGGCCUCGAAGAGGACAAGUUGUCCAAGCCAUGGAGGCCCCUGGUCUCGGGCCGGCUAACGAUCCAGACCGCGCAGAAGAUCUAUACGGGGCUGAUCGCGUUGUCCUUGCUCGUCAGCGUCUACACCGGCACACUCGCGCCGAGCCUCUUCCAUCUCUGUGCGAUGUACGCCUAUAAUGAGUGCGGGCUAGGAGACUACUGGGUGCUCAAGUCUGCCAUCGGCUCUCUGGGAUACGUCGCCUACUGUUGGGGGGUGACCAUCAUUUAUGACCAAGGACGGGCUCUGUCGCACACUUCGAUUCUCGCGGUUGUCCUCAGCGGCCUCAUCUUCACAACCACGGGACACGCCCAAGAUUUCCGCGACCGAGACGGGGAUGCUGCGAUCGGUCGGAAGACGCUCGCGCAUGUGCUUCCGCAAACGUUUGCGCGCUGGUCAUUGAUGGCUCUCAUGUUUGGCUGGACGACGGGAUUGAUCUACCUCUGGGGCCCCCCGACUGCGGUUUCCGUCGUCUUCUUUGCGCUCGCCGUCUACACCACCGCAGGAUAUGUCCGCGAUUACUCGCAGGAGGCGGACCGAGUCUCCUACUGGUGGUACAAUAUCUGGCUCAUCGCUGCUCACGUCAUGCCCCUCUUCAAGCGACUGGCAGAUGCCAGAAUCCAGGUUUCUGCGCCAUAGGCUGCAUAUUCACGAUAAUUUACGAAUUUCAUUCUCUCUCUGAUGUAUGCCACGAUGAAUCCCUCCCUAAUCCACAUCAGCUGCCGACCACCUAAUCAUCUUUCCCACCCUGCAUGCUCUCCUCUCUUGCUUUCGGAUGUUGUACUAUCUACGUCGAUGUGUACCAGAGCGGGUUGUUAGAAUACGAUUCGGUGCCACGAAAACAUUCGCCUCGAUGAGAAUGGUCGAAAACUUGUGGGUGUCCGCUAUCAAGAUCGCUAUCUGAUGUGGUAGAUCCUUGGGUGGCUUCUGGAUCUGAGCGCAGGGCUAUUCGCAUCUUCUAUUGACGGUGGUGUCAGUGAAUAGUUGGCAUUGUCCUCAAUCUCUCCAGAUCUGCUUCUGAGCAUCAAAGUUCGUCUGUCUAUCGAUCCAACUUGUUUACCUUCCCGAAAUGGCGAUCAAAGCAAGAUAUACUGGCGUUCACUAAGGUUAGGGGUCGAGCCCCUCACAAGGCGACUGCCGGCUCAUCGCUUCCUACUCGUCCCAAGGAGGCCGAAACAACACGUCGGAAGUAGGAUAGGCUAUAACUUUCCCGGUGUCUACUCUCGGAGUCUCUGAGCUUCCUGGAAAGGACGCGUGAAACCCCAGUCGAAUUGAGCUCACGCGUUCGCGUUAUUUGGUUUCGCAUCGUCGGGCCGGUGCGGCGGACUGCAGAGAUCAGUCACGUGCAAGCGCAAUGCAUCUUGCUUUGCGCUGCUCUCGACACACACUUUCCAACACUAGGUUCCUUCGAACUUCGACCCUUGUAUGGAGUCGACGUCUUCACACGAAAUACGAUGAUAAGUAUGCCGAGAAACUAAGGUUGGCGGCAGAAAAGCGCGGUCUGAGCGUCGGCGAUUUGAGGGACCAGGUCCAGGCUGGACAAGCUAAAGAGAGGCGCGAGAAGCUCGCUGCCGAGGCUCAAGCUGAGGCCAAAGCACAGCCGGAGUCAGCAGAUGGUUCUGGGGUCGGCCGCAAGGACAGCUCUCCAAUCAAGCCGCUGUCCUCUCUGCUUAAUCUCCCUCGCGUCCUGUCGGGCUCCCAUACCACGGAACAAAUCUCCGCGCUAUGGACCGUGUAUCACGCUGCGCGAUCAAAUGGCACUGGACGCGGUUUCGUGUGCGCGUCUAUCCCCCUGGACUUGUACUCCAAGAUGGCAAAGGCCGGAAGUAGCUAUCCUAUGUUUGUAGUCCCCGUCCGCCGCGAGGCUGCAACGGCCGAAGAAGCAACUGCGCAUGAAGUGUACUUCCUCCAAUGGUCGUUUCACGAUGCCCCGCGGAUUCCGUCGGCACAGGACGAAGAUCUCUUCGUCCCUCCCCAACCCCAGCCGACCGAUCCUUCGCUGGCGAAUCCUCCGAUCUCCACCGUGAUGUUCACGCCACUGCAAGAAUACAAGAUGCGCGGAUCGUUCGCGACGCCGUACCUGGUGCUGACGUUUUACACUGAUCUCGCUCGGACGCAUGGAACGGUCCUGCUCAGAGGCGAGAUCACGCCUGUGGCGGCUGCAGCCGAGUCCGCCGGAGCUAGCUCGGACGGGAGAUUCAUGCUCUCGCAGGAGGACGCUCACAGGCUGGCCAUGAGUGUGCAGAACUUCUACUUGUGGGACGAGGCUGCUGGGAAAGAACACCGUGAAAGGGAGACUCUCGUCAAGGAAUUUCACGAGAAGCCGAGCGAGUUCGAGUGGGAAAAACUGUUGAAGUAUGCGGUGUGAUGGAAAAAGUAGUACAAGGACAGUCAAAUGAGUAUCUACUUGACGACGUAGAUCGUAUCAGGAGCGACGGGAGGUCAUUCGUUUAACAGGCUUUCCGGUAUCUUCUUUGGCAGCUACGCGCUCGAUCUCGUCUACGUUCACCAUAGACACUGUCCCGAGCUGUCUGCGACACCGUCAUUUGUUUGAAUGACAUUGUGAUGGACAAAACGUACCUCUUCUUCUUUUUCUGAGAAGUGCUCGCUUGACUGGAGCUGGGCUCUUCAAGCUUGAGUUCCUGCAUCCCUUGAGCAAGUUUGGAUAUUCUGGGAGCCUGGGUCGAUUGUCUCCUCGAAGCAGGGGUGGGGCUAUAUCCACGAGUUGGAGCAGCUUUGGCUCGAGGAGUCUUGCCCGGCGAAAUUAGAAGCUCAUCCUCAGACUCAUCCUCGGUUCCCUCGUAGUCCGCAUCGGACUCCUCACUCUCAGCAACGUCAGAUCCGAGCUCGCUCUCCGCUUCAGAUUCCUCCUCCAUGUCUUCGGUUGCUUGUUCCGACUCGGUCAACUCGGCGUCCUCCGUGUCUGAGGGUAGCAUCGGAGGAUCGGGCACGAAUUUCAGCACUUGUCGGAUGACUUGUGGAGUGCCCUUUCC